UUUUAUUAAAAUAUUUCAUAUCUAGAAAGUCAGUGUUUGAGAAGCAUGCAAAAAAUGGCAUUGGGUUUAAGAGUCUGUAAAACCACACAUUUAUGAAAGAUUAUGAAUGCUGGUUUAAGUAAGUGACAUUUCAAUGUGGACCUGUGACUAAUGCAGACAGAUUACAAGUAAAACAGAGAACAUGUGAUAGGAACAGGGAAGUGGGAUUGAUACACACACCCACCCACACACACACACACACACACACACACACACACACGCCCAUGCCCUCAUCAGCAGUUACCGCAUACACCAACUAACACAAACCACAAAGCCAAUUUGGAGGAAGGAAGCAGGAGGAAAAUGGCGAAGACCCCUUCUGUUUCUUCUCCGCUGAAUUAUUGACAGUAAUCAUUCAGGCAUUUAAUGGCCAGGACAGAGUAGAAUUCAUUUGGGUGGUGGUGGGGAUAAAUAAUUCAUCACGCGUAAGGGCAGAUCUGAGCGCGUGCAAGAGGUCCUCUUCUCCAGCUGCCUCUGCAUAAUGAGAGUGGGAGGGGCUCAGGAAACAUACAGCUCAGAGCAAUGGGCCAGUGGUACACGAGAGAGUGAGAGAGAUAGAGAGAGAGAGACAGAGAGAGAGAAAGAGAGAGAGGGGGGAUGCUGGUUAGAGCCGGUGGAUGAGGUGCAACAGGGCGAGGCAGUGGAGGAGAGGCUAGUGAAGAUCCAAACAUGUGGAUGGGAGAGUGCACUGCUAUCCAACGAUGAGCACUAUGCUGAGCCCCAAGAUCAGACAGACGAGGCGAGCCAGGUCUAAGAGCAUGGUGAUGGGGGAGCUGACACGGGCCUCGAGCCGGCCGUCCUCCCCUAGUCUCCAGGAGAAAGCACUGAAGGCUGGCUGGCUGAAGAAACAGCGCAGCAUCAUGAAGAACUGGCAGCUGCGCUGGUUUGUGCUGAGAACUGACCAACUUUACUUCUUCAAAGAUGAAGAGGAAACUAAGCCACAGGGCUGCAUCCCAUUACAUGGCUGCCAGGUCAACGAGUUAAGUGCCAAUCCUGAUGAGCCUGGACGGCAUCUUUUUGAGAUAGUUCCAGGUGUUACAGGUACAGAAAAGGACCGAUCAGCUCCUAGCCAUGAUGCCUUCCUGCUUAUGGCAAACUCCCAAAAUGACAUGGAGGACUGGGUCAAAGCCAUUAGACGUGUCAUCUGGGCACCUUUUGGCGGAGGGAUCUUUGGACAGCAUCUGGAGGACACGGUGCAGUAUGAGCGAAAGUUUGGGACCCGGCUGGCACCUCUGCUGGUGGAGCAGUGUGUGGACUUCAUACGAGAACAAGGUCUGAAAGAAGAGGGCCUCUUCCGCAUGCCAGGACAGGCAAACUUAGUCAAAGAGCUCCAGGAUGCUUUUGACUGUGGUGACAAACCUUUGUUUGACAGCAAUACUGAUGUUCAUACGGUGGCAUCUCUGCUGAAGCUGUACCUCAGGGAGCUGCCUGAACCAGUCAUCCCCUUCAACAAAUAUGAGGACUUCCUCACCUGUGCCCAGCUACUGCUCAAAGAUGAGGAAGUGGGCCUCAGUGAGCUGGCAAAGCAGGUGAGCACUCUUCCUCAAGCCAACUACAACCUGCUGAAGUACAUUUGCAAAUUCUUGGAUGAAGUCCAGUCUUAUGCAAAUGAAAAUAAAAUGAGUGUUCAGAACCUUGCAACAGUAUUUGGGCCAAAUAUCCUCAGAGCAAAAAUGGAGGAUCCUGUUUCAAUGAUGGAGGGUACCUCUCAGGUGCAGCACCUCAUGACAGUACUGAUCAGCGAGCAUGAGAGACUUUAUGGAGGCACAGAGGUUGAGACAUCCUCAAAGCAGAGUAAGACACCUGCUCAGGGCCAGCGUGGCAUGGUAGCUUGGGAAUCAGAGGAUGAAAUACAGCACUGCCCCUCUUCUAGUCAGACACCUAGCCUUCCUGACCACAUGUGUGGCAGUGCCAUAUCUCUGGAUACAAACAUGGGCAUGCCCAAUAAUGCAAAACGUGCACCUCAGGGAAAAGCUGGGCCUGCGGUCAGCCCAAGCAAACAGGCCAAAUCUCUCCCUUCAUGGAAAUAUUCUUUUAAAAGCAGCAGUACACGGGCUCAGCUGCCUAAGAUUGGAGGCUCAUCUGUGGACGUAUCGAACAGUGGGAACUGGCUGAUGAAUGGCCUGUCAUCUCUGAGAAGCCAUCGACGCACAUCGUCAGGAGAGCGUGUGGGCAAGGACUCAGUGCUGUCUCAUCGCCUUUCCACCUAUGACAACGUAACUGUUUCCAGCGUGAGUGUGCCCAGUGUGGCCAGCUCACCCUGGUCCACUUCCUCCUGUGAGAUAUCGGUAGUGAACUCAGUGAGUAGCGAGCCUUCAGCACUGAGUACAGACCAGGACAAGUGGGUAGAGACAAGGGUGGAAGAGAAAGACAUCACAGAAAGUAGUGAAGCACUGGAAUUGUGUGUAAGCAGCACGGGAUGCAGUGAGUAUGGGAAUGUGGAUGAUACCGUGGAUGAAUCAACAGAUCCUGAUGACAACUCACAAGCUCUUAACAGCCUUAUAACUGAACUGAAGAACGAGCUGAAGAAACAAAAAAUUUAUUAUGAAGCCCGAAUACGGAGGCUGGAAGAGAACAGUGAAUUGCUGACUCAGCAGGUCGACAGGUUAGAGGAGGAAUUAGACCAGGAGAGGAAGAAGUAUAGAAUGUUGGAAAUUAAACUGCGGAACUCAGAGCGAGCCCGUGAGGAUGCAGAGAACCGGAACCGACUACUGCAGAACGAGAUGGAGGAGUUCUUCUCCACUUUAGGAGAUCUAACGAUGGGGACAAGGACAAAGAAAAUGUGACUCCACAUUAGAUGCAUUUUUAAAUCUCUAUACUCAUGUAUCAUGGGUAUUCUGAGGCAAUUUCAAGCUGUUCCAUUGCAGCAACUUGAUCAACUCUUAUCUAUUAGUAGCAAAUCUAUUUUUCCCCUCAAACUUCAACCUGAAAUUUUAGGAUAUGUUUAAAUGAUAAUUACCAUCACCGGCGUCUCAAUCACUUCGCUUCCAGUGUGCACAGACGAUACCAAAGCAUGAUAUCACUGAUUGUUUGCAGUUGCUGUAAUUAUGGUUGCCUACUCUCAAUGAUUUUCAUAAGACAGAUUAUUUCCAUGAUAGUGCCUUUUGUGUUGAUGCAUGCUAUUGGGAAAAUACAGCUUAACCACAGACGAGGCAUUACAUAUGAUCUCAUAGCUCCACAUUUCUCACAACUCCUUUACAAUUUUGUUACUUGAAGUCCAUGACCACAAAAUACCUAUGGCUGUCCAGUCUUAAAGAAAUAUACAAUGGCAAAUCGUUGCUGGUUUAGUCAAUGAUUGUUACACUUCCCACCUCGUUUAUCAAAUCCCUUUACUGUAAAGUGAAACACAGUUUGCUAAAAAGGCAAAGACAUUUUUGAGAAGACUGGUGGAAAGACCAACAAAUAAACUCUAGCGGCAUUUGCAUAUUUAUUCCUGAAAAAAAAUAAAUAAAUAAAAAAAUAAAAAAAUAAUACAUUUAGCAUUAAUGAGGUUGCCACGGUUAAAAGGAUUAUUGCUGUAUAACUUAUUUCUCAGGUGUUGUUGGGGGAAAAAAAACCACACUGAAUAAACAUACUGUUUUUUGGUAUAUAAAAGGCAGAAAUUAAUGUGAAUGACUUGUAAAGUUAAAAUCUUAUUGUGCUUUCCCCUCAUGAAAGUGCCAAAAUCGAGGUUGUACUGCUUUCGUAUCAUUGGUUAUUGACAUUAUAUGACUGAAAGCAAAGGAAACAUAAUAAAGUUAUCAUCACAGGCUUUAUGGUCACAGAUGUUCCCAAAGAAUUUUACCUUGAUCCAAUUUGACAAAAUUUGCACUUAGGAAUGUGUCACCUACCUUGAAAGAACUGUAAAACACAUUUUAGUUACUACCGUAUAUAUGUUUUCUUUCUAAAUUUAACAAAAUAUUAAAUGCACAAAUUAUAAUUGUACAUUUCAGCAAAUAUGAAUGCAGGAUAUCCUAGCAUGUGCACUUGCAACAAAUCUCGAACACAUUCAUGUAGCAAAAGUGAAAUGAUCACAAACACGAAUUAUUUGAUGUAUUUAUUUGCAGUGGUUACAACACUGUUGAAUGCCAGUGCAAUCUAAUGAUGUGGUACACACUGAUGACCUUUACAUAUAACUGCAUGUGUGGAGCGUUCUACAGCAACUAACCAUCAUCGCCAAGUCAUGAUCAUACUAUCGAUGUGGUCUUCCUGAUAACGGCUAUUUUGCAUUCUCAACUUAACUCCGUUAGCAGUCCAUAUAGUUGGAGAAAUGUCCAAGCUGUGUAUGAUUAUAUUUAGUGGCUAGUGUAAGAUUUCCAUAAAUGCUACAAGUAUCCAGAUCAAAUGGGAAAGUUUAAUGAAGUGG